AUGGCGCCCCCUGCUGGACUCUGUGUGUCCUGCUGGCUCUGGUUUCAGGAUCCGGCCCGUUAUGUGGAGGUCAACAGCCAAUCAGACGUUCCAACAGGUGGCAGCCAAUCAGAGCAGGGUACUGCGGCGUGCACUGGGCGGAGCUUCAGCUGCAGCAUCUGCAGCAGCAGCUUCUCCAGAAACUCCAACCUGCAGGCUCACCUGCGCGUCCACAGCAGAGAGCGUCCGUUCACCUGUCGUGACUGCGGCCGCGGCUUCUCCGCCCGCAGCAGCGUGCGCGUCCACCAGCUGACGGUGCAUCGCCGGCAGCGCCCGCAUAGCUGCAGCCACUGCGGCAACGCGUUCGGAACCCGCAGCCACCUGCGCACCCAUCAGGCAGCCAGGCGGCGGCCGCUUGUGUGCGCGUCCUGCGGCCAGACUCUGGCGGCUGCGUGUGUUUUCAGGAAGCACCAGCUGACGUGUCCGAAGGCCGGUGAAAGGUUCACCUGCACCGAGUGCGGGAAGGAGUUCUCCAAAGCCAGCUCCCUGUCGGCGCAUCGCAGAGUCCACCUGAGCCACAAACCCUUCACCUGCUCCACCUGCGGGAAAGGCUUCACGGCGCGUCGCAGCGUCCACGUGCACCAGCUGACCGUCCACCGCGGCCUCAAGCCGUUCAGCUGCAGCGUCUGCGGGAAGGCGUUCAGUCAGCAGGGCGGCCUCAGAGCGCACGAGCGCACACACAGCGGCGAGCGGCCGCAUGUGUGCGAGCAGUGCGGCCGCAGCUUCUCCAGCAGCAGCAGCCUGACGGUGCAUCGCCGCGUUCACACGGGAGAGAGGGCCUUCAGCUGCGACACCUGUGGCAAGGGCUUCAGCAUAGCGGCCAACCUGCGGCGGCACCGGCUCAUCCACUCGGGGCACCGGGCGUUCAGCUGCGACGUGUGCAGCCGCAGCUUUACGCAGGCCGGACACCUGAAGGCGCACCGCGCGCUGCACGGCGAGGGCUGGGCCUUCAUCUGCAACGCCUGCGGGAAGGGCUUCAGACAGCGCGGCGCGCUGCUGGUGCACGAGAGGAGCCACGCCGGCAUCAAACCGUACGGCUGCAGUAACUGCGCCAAAACGUUCUCGUCCUCCACGUCGCUGCGGCGCCACCAGCAGGUGCACAGUGGCCAAAAAGCGCACACCUGCCACGAGUGCGGGAAAAGCUUCAGCAGCAGCCAGGUGCUGAAGACUCACCUGCAGCUGCACGCCGGCAGCAAGGCCUUUUCCUGCGACGUGUGUGGGCGGAGCUACAGCUCGCUGAGCUACCUGAAGACGCACCGCCGCAGCCACUCGGAGGGGAAACCGUUCGGCUGCAGUCAGUGCGACAAGAGCUUCUCCACGCAGACCAGCGCCACGCUGCACCAGCGCACCCACAGCGGCGAGAGGCCCUUCAUCUGCGAGGUCUGCGGGCGGAGCUUCAGCGUGUCGCAGAACCUCGUCAGACACAAACGCGUCCACAGCGGCGAGAAGCCGUUCGAGUGCGACGUCUGCGGGAAGCGGUUCAGUCAGAACAACAACCUGAAGACGCACCAGCUGGUCCACAGCGGACGCAAACCUUUCAGCUGCGCCGCCUGCAGCCGCAGCUUCACCGCCAUGAGGAGCCUCCGGGAGCAUCGCUGUGUCAGCUGACCCCGAACCCGAACCCGAACCUGACCCGAACCCUGCAACGCUGCAGGAAGUCAUUGCACCGAUUGUCAGUUCGUGAGUUUUGAACCUUCGAGCUCAGAAACGUUUCACAUGAAGCCCAAAGAUCAGACAUAAGAGAGAAAAUCCUGUUUCUGCUUUUGUUUGAACCAAAACCUGCAGAUUCUCUGAGUCGGAUCCGGUUCGAUAGAACUUUAUUGUUCUGCUUCUGAGGUGAACCCAGCUGCUGCUGAAGCUGCAGGAAGUCCAACAGAACCAUCAGAGCUCAUCUGAACUCCUCAGCUUCAGUUCAGGAUUCAGGAGGAAACGGUUUCAUCCUGAAGUCUUCACUGAGAUGAUCGAUUGUUUUUGUUUCUUCUGAAUGUUCCAGGAAUGUUCCAGGAAUGUUCUUCUUCUUCUUCUGCUGAGUUCACAGAUCAAACUGAGAGAAGAAGCUCAAAUAAAACUUCAGCUGUUCGACACAUUUGGUCCCAUGUUGUAAACAUUACUGUUGUGUCACAUUAUUGAUUAUUGAUCAGAAGCUCUCUGUGGAACUUCACUCUCAUGAUAAUGAUCGACCAGUUCGGAGACCAACUGAAGACGUUGCGUUGGUCUGAUUCAACACGUUUCUAGUUUCAGUCCUAAAUAAAAGCAUAAAAAUAAAGAAUAGUUUCAAUAG